CUGCGUGCAACACGCUUGCCGUGUCCAACCCCGACCCCCUCUUUCCCCAACUCCUCACGGAGAAACCCAAUCCCCCAUCUCUGGGUAAAAUGCUGUCACCACUGAAGUUGCGCCUUCCCGCUGCUGGGCCCGCGAGGCUUCUUAAAGGCCCCAGCCCGCCCCUCCGUUGGUCCUCCUUCACUGCCCCUCGUGCUUCAGCAUUCCCAUUCCACCAAAGCAACAGCCCUAGACUCUUUCACCUAGCCACUCCUCACACAUCACGACACGCUUCUCGCCGACCACCUGGAAGCUCACACCCCGCGUACUCUACCACGAGACAGCUCCAGCAGGGCCAAUCCAUACCGUCACCUUCAACUCCACAGCCAGAAGAAAUGUCGGAGCCUACUGGACUUAUUGCCAAGAGCGGCAUCGAGCUCCUCACUUUUGGCACGCCAAAUGGCUUCAAGGUCAGCAUCCUCCUUGAGGAGCUCAAGGAGGCCUACGGCAAGGACUUUACCUGGCAAAGCAUCAACAUCAUGAAGAACACACAGAAGGAGCCGUGGUUCACCGCCAUCAGCCCCAACGGCCGCAUCCCCGCCAUUGUCGACCACGACCGCAAUGACUUUGCCGUGUUUGAGGGCCUCUCCAUCCUGACCUACCUCACCCGCCACUACGACCCGGAGCACCGCUUCAGCUUUCCUGUUGACUCGGACGACUACUCAGUUGCAGAACAGUGGAUGGCGUGGCAGCACGGCGGCCUGGGCCCCAUGCAGGGUCAGGCCAACCUCUUCUUCCAGUUCGCCAAGGAGAAGAUCCCCUAUGGAGCACAGCUGUACGUUGGCGAGUCGGAGCGCCUCUACGGCGUUCUAGAUAAGCGUCUCGAAGGCCGUGACUUUGUUGCUGGUCCCGGCAAGGGCAAGUACAGCAUUGCCGACAUGUCGAUGAUUGGCUGGGUUAGCAUCGCAACGUUGUCUGGCAUCGACCUGAAGCAGUUCCCCAAUGUCCAGGCCUGGUACGAGCGGAUCGUCGCCCGUCCUGCUACAGCAAGGGGCUUCGCCAUCCCCUCCGCGUCGAGCUUUAGAAACGAGACGCUGGCCAAGACUCGCGCCGAGGACCCCGAGGCGAAGAAGAAGGCCGAUGAGAACCAGAAGUUCUUGGACGAUGCCAAGAAGCAGUACGGCUACAAGUACUCGUCCCCCUAAGCUGAGAUACGUUGGCCGGUCCCCAAGUCAUGAAAAAGAAAAUAAAUAAAUCCGUAUCAUCCAAUAAUGAAGAAACUUGCUUGGUGCUC